GGGCCAGUGCAGCCUACAUGAAUACAUGUUUCUGGCAGACAGUUCGAAAUGUCAAUUAUCAUCAAAUGAAUAGGAAGUCUGACUGAAAUACGCAACAAAUCUAACUUUUUUGGUAAAUUAGUGGUGUUUUAAUUUGUUGAUAAAAUACGGGACAGCAGACAAAUGGCCAACAUUUGGGACUGUCCCGUAUUCUGGGACAUGUGGUCACCCUAAUUCCACAUGUCAUUGGUUGGGCGCGCGCGGGGAGAAAGGAGGACAGACCUUUUUGCUUUAUCUCAACAUCACUUCAAGGGUUUAUUUUAUUUAAACGGAUUGCCUCUCUCGGUGUUGUUACUUAAAUAAGACAACUUUUUCAACUCAAGAGUAGCGCCAUACACGACGGGAUAUUUUACUGUCAGAUUUAAAAGUUUCAAUAAAAGAUGGAUUUGAGGAGUUUAGUAGGCCUACCUGCUGUUCUGCUACUCUUCGGUUUAGUCGCUGUGUUCGCGCAAACUGCCGCACCAAGGAUAGUGUGUGAGACUAAGAAUGGAACAAGCUGUGAGGAAUGUCUAACGAUUGUGACGUGCCUGUGGUGUCAGAAGACUAAGAUGUGUAUCACGUACCCAGUCAACACCAUCCUCCCCCCGCACGCCCUCUGCCCCCUCAACGAUGCACGCUGGGGACGCUGCUGGGUAAAUUUCCAGUCCUUGAUCAUCGCCAUGGCGGUGGUGGGUGGAGUCAUUAUCAUCGCCUUCCUGGUCUGCCUCUUCCGCUGCUGCAAGUGUGAACACAUCGGAAGACGCAGGAUGAAGAAUGCGGCGAAUGAAGAAAUCAGGAAUAUGCGUCUCAGUGGGUCCAACCCGUACUCCAAAUUCUCUUGA